UGAAACUUGAUCCCCCAGAUGUAAUGAGCAGAGACAUUACAAUCAGUUCUAACUGUAUCUUAAUGCUGUGCUGAAUAAGCCUGAGUCAGGAUGUAAACCACUUUCUCUUUUUUUCUUCAGAUGAAGCCAUUAAUUUUGUCAGCAAGUCCAAAACGACUCCAGAAAUAUCAGUCAGUCCUUCUGAAGACCUGGAGCUGGUGUGUGAGGUGUCAGCUGCAAGCGGAGCUGUCGUAUAGAAGAAAGAUCAAAUAGAGGUGAAGCAGGACCAGAGGACAACCAUCAUCUCCCAGGGGACGCACCGCAAGCUCAUGGUCAAAAAUGUGACCCUGAAAGACCAAGGGAGCUACAGCUGUGAAACAAAAGAUGACAAAGCAACAUUCCAAGUGAAAGUCAGAGGAAUGAAUUACUGCAACAAAGGGGAGUACAGCUGCGAGGCUGCUGGCCAGAAACUCACCUUCAAGAUUCAUGUCACAGAGCCAGAAUUUGUAUUUACAAACAAGGAGAAGGUACAGAAGGUGGUGAAGGCUGCAACAACAGAAAAAUGCCACGCUGAGCUGCGAGGUGGCCCAGGAGAAGAUGGAGGUUGUCAUCAAUUUAUAAGCAAUGAGCCAAUAAUGUUCCAAUUAUAAACUUUUAUUAAUUGUAGCGGGUA